AUGUACAAAGCUUUGAUAAAAAACAUUGGAUGUUUGUUGCUGUCACAGGAUCCAGAGGUGGCCAGCUGUGGCUACAGAGCUUUGGCAGAUUUUCCUGAAGAGGCCCACACAGUGAAUCUUCUUCCUGAAGCAGCCAGACCAGCUACAAAGGCCCCUGAAAAUGAGGAGGAUGAAGAGGAGAAGGAGGAGGAAGAGAAGGACCUCUCUGUUCCUGGUCCCUCCUAUGUGAAGCUGAUGGCUCUCACCCCUGGGUCUGUCCUGCCAGCCUUUGAGAUCUUCCUGACCUCGCUGGUGAAGCAGGAGAUGAGCCAGAUGCCUCGGGGGGUUUACUUCUCUGCCCUGAGGGGAGGCAACCUGCGGUCAGACCAGGGGAAAACAAUGGCCGGAGUUCCAUCUUUCAUGCUUAAAACCUAUGAGAAGAACAAGCAGCCUGGGCUGAAGCCCGGCCUGGCAGCCGGGCUGUUGCUAAGCUACGAGCUGCCGGUGCAGACGGACCGUGAGGGCAGAGCCAUGGAUCGCUUCCUGGUCAGCCGCAGCCGCAGCUACCAGCUGACCCUGGCAGCCUUGAUCCAUGAAGUGAACAUCCAGCCGUCUGAGUGGCACCGGGCCCUCCUGCUGCCCCAGGCCUGGAGGGGCUUCAUGAGCCGGGCCUUCCACGCCGCCCUGCAGGGUCGACGUGCUGAUUUGGGGAUGCAGCAGAAGCAAGGCAAAGAAGACCCCCAGGAGAUCCAGUACAAACAGCACUGUGUCUGGCUUUG